CUUCAUCGCCUUCUCCAUUGCAUCUUCUUAUGGCCUCUCACGCUGCUGCCAUCGCAACCGGAACCCCACUCCCGUCUGGCCCGACUCGAACCCCUCCCCCAGCUCUCCCUUUGGACGACGUCGCGAGACAGCCCAAGAGGCGGCGCGAAUCUGACUCCUCAUCGUCGCGAGCCUUUGCUUCCGCCCAGCUCGAUCCCCAAUCGCCUCCAUCGAAGUCGGCCAAGCUGCUGCUGGCAACUGGCCAAGCCCCGCCUCCACUGACUGGCGCCGCGCCUCUGGAAGACGAGCGACGGCGUAGAGAAGAAGAAGAAACAGACGGGGAGGUUGAGCAAGAGCAUCUACACGCGACCGACGAGAGUCCCAGUCAGCGUGAUCUAGCUGCUCUCAUGUCUGCGGGGGCCCAAGCCAUGAGCCGUCCGGCAGACGCGCCGCAACUGGCUCCCACGGCCGCCAUGGAGCCAUCCUCCAAGGUCGCCACGGCUGCCUUGUCCAUAUCACAAAACGGCGGCGGCGAUCGUAUCGAAGAACGAAGCGAGAUGACUCCCCAGAGCCCGUCAAGCAUCGCCGGCGCGCAGGUAACCGAAAGCCCAACGGCGAUGGAUGUCGAUGCGAAAGGUGAAUCUCUCGUCUCUCAACAGGUUGCCGUACAAGACGAACGGCCGCAGCCUGGAUCAUUGUCUUAUCCCGGUUCUCUACAAACAAGCGGCAGCAUUCCCGAUUCGCCAAUCCGGGGUAUGAGCUUUCCAAUGCCUGCCCAAAGCCAGGGCUCUCCUCCAUCCUCGGCGAGCAAGAAACACAAGUGCCCCUACUGCAACACCGAGUUUACUCGGCACCACAACCUCAAGAGCCACCUCCUGACGCACAGUCAGGAAAAGCCCUACGUGUGUACAGACUGCCAGAUGCGAUUCCGCCGUCUUCACGACCUAAAACGCCAUGGCAAGCUUCACACGGGUGAAAAGCCCCACGUGUGCCCCAAGUGCGAUCGCAAAUUUGCUCGAGGUGAUGCCUUGGCCCGACACAGCAAAGGAUUGGGCGGGUGCGCCGGCAGACGGUCCAGCAUGGGUAGCUUCGCCGACGGAGAUGAGCUGGACGGUGCCAUGGAAGGAGACGAGGCUGCUGUAAUGACGGGCAUUGCCUACGAUAAUCCUGACGAAGAGGAGUUGAGGCGACAGAGCUUGCCCAGCCUCAGUGCGCAACAUAUAUCAGGCGGACCAGCAGAACAGUACGGAGGUCACUCCCGGACGUAUCCCCCAGCCGGUGCGAGGUCUACGACAGCUACUACCGGCUUAUAUCCCCCCGGCGUCGGCCAGAACCAAGCCGCGGGGACUAGCAGUACAAGUGUCUCUAAUAGUAUUGGAGGCAGCCACACGCCAAAUACUAGCAUUUCCUCGUCCGUUGCGGUCAGCGGUGCAAAUGCAGGUCUUUAUCCACAGGCUGUUGUGUCAGACGGUGGAAAGCCCCUGAAUCCCGAUGGAGUGCCGAGUCACGAUGCCUCCGGUAUCGUGAGACAACGAUCGCCCAGUCUGUCCCAUCAAUUACAGCAGCAGCAGCCGCAGCAGAUGGGAAGGCGACAGUCAGAAAUGCAGUCUCCUCACAGCGGGCAAAAUAGACCAAAGCUUCCUGGGUUGACUCAUCCAGGUUAUGCCACGGCGACUUCCCCGGGCUUCUCUCACGGCGGCCGUCCGCCGACUGCAACGGCGUCGAGCGGCGACAGUGGCAACAUGUUUGCGCAGAGCGACCCGAGCGUGUGGGCCUACAUCCAGACUUUGGAAGAAAAAGUCAAGUCACUGUCGGACAAGAUAGUAUCGCUCGAUCACGAGAUGACUAUGCUGAAAAGCAAGCUUGAAAAUCGUGAAGGAGUUCCCGCUAGCUGAGAACAAGCCAGCAUGAUAUGACCCAUGAUAUGACCCGCGAUAUGACCCGCCUCAUCAUACAGCGCCACGGUGUUCUAAGAGGGUGGGGAGCAGGGCUAAACAAUCUACAUUUAGAAUGCAUUCGCCUUUUGGGUUUCACUUUUCCUAUCUGUUUUAUAUUGUUGGCAACUCAUGUUGGUCUUCCGGACUGGCACAGAAUCCUACAAGGGGGUGUGGAAAUGGCGUUCAGGUUUUGGGAAUCUGGGUGGAUGGUGGAAACCUCCAUGCAAAAAAGAUGGCGACCGGUUAUUUACGAUUUGGUUUUUAUUUUCCCUCUCUAUUGUUGCCGUGUUGUAGUAGUAUACAGAACUUGUGUGAUUAUCAGACGUGCGAUCUUGCUGUGCGGCAUUCGGAAAGGCUUUCUCUCGUUUUUUUUUUUUUUUCGUAUUUUAGAGUACGGUAGGACUGGAAUGACGAUUUACUCUUAUGAAGUCUUGAGUUCUGGAUCUGUUAAUGUUCAGCUGGAAGAGUCCUGUAUCUAUAGACUUUG